CCGUGGGCGUUUGUGUUAGCAGAAAUUGUAGAUUAGAAAUUAAUGAUUUGUGCCAAUUAUUAAACCCGAAAUCUCGAAAAACAAGUGCAUAUUUAUCCUAUACUCUGUUUACAAAUAUUUCACAAACAAGUGAUGGAUCUAUACUACUUUUAUUUGUGAUUUCAGUUUCUUUUGUCUAGAUUGGCAAGUGCGAGACGCCGGCUAUUAAAUAGACAUUUCCCCGGCUUUUAUAUUUGAAGUGAUAGAAUUACGUGUGAUUCCAGUUAAGAGUGUUCGGCUUAUGCUUAAUUGAUAUCGAGGAAAAUGGCAGUCGAAACUGCUAACCCAGCACAAAAAACCGGAUUUCUCCUCACAUGGGAAAAACAGGAGCAUCUUGUGAAGCUAGCCAUAUUAAUAAUAGCCGCCGUUUUGUCGUUUGCCACGCGGUUGUUCUCUGUGCUGCGUUUUGAAAGUGUAAUCCAUGAGUUCGAUCCCUAUUUCAAUUACCGCACCACGCGUUUUUUGGCUGAAAAUGGUUUCUACAAGUUUCAUAAUUGGUUCGAUGAUCGAGCGUGGUACCCUCUGGGACGAAUUAUUGGUGGGACUAUAUAUCCCGGAUUGAUGGUAACUUCGGCUGCCCUAUAUCGGAUAUUAUGGCUGUUAAACAUCACGGUGGACAUACGCAAUGUAUGUGUUUUUCUGGCGCCUUUCUUCUCCUCGCUUACUACACUGGUUACAUAUGCUCUGACCAAGGAGAUCCAUAGCACUGGUGCUGGUUUAGUGGCUGGGGCAUUAAUUUCUAUCGUUCCUGGAUACAUAUCACGUUCGGUAGCUGGUUCAUAUGACAAUGAAGGCAUUGCGAUAUUCUGCAUGCUUUUGACAUAUUAUCUGUGGAUAAAGGCUGUUAAAACGGGCGCGAUUUUCUGGGCUGCCAUGUCUGCUUUGGCUUAUUUUUAUAUGGUAUCUUCUUGGGGUGGAUACGUAUUCCUUAUCAAUUUGAUACCUCUACAUGUGUUGGCGUUAAUGUGUACUGGACGUUUUUCGCAUCGGGUUUACAUUGCCUACAGCACCUUGUACUGUUUGGGAACUAUUUUAUCAAUGCAAAUAUCGUUUGUUGGAUUUCAACCAAUUCAAAGUUCCGAGCACAUGCUGGCCUUGGGAGUUUUUGGUUUGUGCCAAAUUCAUGCCUUUGUCGAUUUCUUACGAUCCCGCAUGCCCACAGAACAUUUUGAAAUCCUCUUUAAGGCUUUGGUCUCUACAAUUCUCACAGCUGCCUUCAUUGUGGGCAUAUUGUUGACUAUAACAGGAAAGGUCUCGCCAUGGACCGGACGUUUCUAUUCAUUAUUGGAUCCGUCUUAUGCCAAAAACCAUAUUCCCAUUAUUGCCUCUGUGUCGGAGCAUCAACCUACUUCGUGGUCUUCAUUUUAUUUCGAUUUACAGAUUCUGGUAUUUCUUUUUCCGGCUGGACUUUACUUCUGUUUCGUCAAACUGACAGAUGCGAAUAUUUUUAUUAUACUCUAUGGUGUUACAAGCAUUUAUUUCGCCGGUGUAAUGGUGCGAUUGAUGUUGGUAUUGGCACCAGUUAUGUGUGUACUUUCGGGCAUAGCUGUUUCUCAUUUGUUAGCCAAAUACAUCAAGUCAAUGGAGGCUGCAUCGGCAGCCGGAAAACCAGUGGAAAGCAAAAGGCAAUACAAGAAAAUGGAACAGCAAAGUGGUGGUGUCAAAAAAGAAGUUGCCAUAGCAUUUGUGGGCGUUGUCACUAUGAUGCUAAUUGUUUAUACAUUCCAUUGUACAUGGGUAACGUCGGAGGCUUAUUCUUCGCCAAGUAUUGUGCUAAGUGCUCGUUCGCAUGAUGGUGGCCGAAUUAUCUUUGACGAUUUUCGUGAAGCCUACUAUUGGUUGCAGAUGAAUACACCUGAGGAUGCGCGAAUAAUGUCUUGGUGGGAUUAUGGCUAUCAAAUAACAGCAAUGGCUAACCGCACCAUUCUUGUGGACAACAAUACUUGGAAUAAUACUCAUAUAUCGCGUGUGGGGCAAGCGAUGGCUUCAUCUGAGGAAAAGGCCUAUGAAAUUAUGCGCGAACUAGAUGUGGAUUAUGUUCUUGUCAUUUUCGGGGGCUUAACUGGAUAUUCUUCAGAUGACAUCAACAAGUUCCUAUGGAUGGUCCGCAUUGGUGGCAGUACUGAUCGUGGUGCUCAUAUCAAAGAGAAAGACUACUAUGCCGGAAACGGUGAAUUUCGGGUGGACAAAGAUGGUUCGCCCACUCUGCUCAACUGUCUUAUGUACAAAAUGUGCUACUAUCGAUUCGGCCAGGUCUACACUGAGGGAGGCAAACCGCCGGGAUACGAUCGAGUAAGAGCUGCUGAAAUCGGUAACAAAGAUUUUGAAUUGGAUGUUCUCGAAGAGGCCUAUACUACCGAGCAUUGGUUGGUGCGCAUUUACAAAGUUAAGGAUUUGAGUAAUCGUGGCGUUUAAGCGACAUGGAAAUAUCAUUCUUCUUUCCUACCCACUCACUCACGUUUACUUAAAGUUAUAUAGCAAUCCUUGUCUUAAUAUUGUUGAUCAAUUCUUUUUGUUUUUACCACAGUAUUCUAAUCUACAUUAUGUUUUUUUUACAAAUAUCUAAUUAUGAAUCUCACUCUCGAAAAGAAAUUUUGCAUCGAAUUCCUUAACGAACUCUAAGCUAUAACAAUUACCUUUAGUUAACACAAGAAAUGGAAUUUUUAAAGAAAUUUCCCUAAAGAUUUAGCACAAAUUUGUGUACGACAGAAUCAGCCAUUUAAAUUAAGAAAUUAGUUCACUUGGCGAGCUCCAUGACAGACAGGCUAUACUAAACGCAAAUAAAUAUAUUUUAUAGAAGAAAAUUAA